GUGCUCGCUGCAACGCACAUUACCACCACCCCACCCUCAUAAAUGAACACCAGCAGUCUCCCCCUUGCAUUCCUCCGAGUGAUUGGCCUGCAAGCUCCCAGCGAACCAGUUUCUCAUCUCUCUUGACAUGGCCAAACCUCCCAAGACUAGGCUGUGAUGUUUGUCUUCCAUGUCUCCGCCUUCCUCGUCCUCCUCCACCUCGUCACCUUCCUCCUUACCAAGCUGUUCACCUUCCUCCUUGAAAGAGUUGCCGCUUCAACAGAACAAAGGAAUUCGCAGCUCAUCAGCGAAGAUGAGAUCAAGCCCAUAACAACGUACGAGUGCUACUCUGAUGUCGAAGAGUUAGCUGCCAGCAUCUUUGGCAGGGAAGACGGCCUACUGUUUUUCUACAACGAAAGCAUCACUGCUGAUACCCCACUUCUCGAAGAAGCAAAAGACUUGGAUGAGCGACACGCCUUCAAAGUCGACGAAAGCUUUGUCGCAGAAUCCCCUCUGGAAGAGCAUGAAGGUCUCGGGCUCGAGCAUGGCGAUGUUGUGGCGAUCGUCGACCUAAAACCAUCGAAUCAUCCACCUUCAAUCAUAUCUAAUGGGCCUCUAAAAGAUGAAGAUACGGGUGGGGAUGCGCUCCACAGCAAUGGAGAUGAGAAGCAGCAGGAGUUGUCAAAGAUGGAGAAACUCUUCAUCGUCGACCGAACCCAUUCUGUCGACAGCAAAAGGUUGCAGCUGGAGGAGGACACGUUCGGUGGUUCUCUCACAGGUGCAUCGACAUCCAAGAGCUCUAUGGAGUGGAGAAGCUCCACGAUCUUCAGGGACUCGGAGACAGAAUGCCCCUUGUCCUCCUCAUCACGCAGGAGUUCUUCCAACUGGGAAACGUACACCUUGUUCCGCAAGUACGAGGAGGAGAUGAUCUUCUUCGAUAGAAUCAGCGCACAAAAGCUGACGGAAACAGAAUUGUUUAGAUCGAUGAAGUUCCAACCAAGAUCAACCUCGCAAAGGAUAGCUCACAUAUUUACAACACACAAGAACAGGGGAAGCAGGGAUCCGUAUCAAGAACUGGAGGGUGCUUAUGUGUCUCAGAUUUGCCUCGCAUGGGAAGCUCUUAACUGGAAUUACACCAACUUUUGGCAAAAGAUUGCCAAGGGAUCAGACAGCGAAAGCUCUUCUUGCACCGCAUGGAUAGCUCAGCAAUUCCAACAGUUCCAGGUCCUCUUGCAGCGAUUCAUAGAAAAUGAGCCUUAUGAGCGUGGUCGGAGGCCCCAAGUCUUCGCGUGGAAGCGGAUUUCUUCUCCAAAGUUGCUCCUAGUUCCUGAGUUCCGAGGUUGCUACACACCUGAUACAGGAGCAGAUGAAGGUACAGAAGAAAUGAUCUCAUCCACCGAGUUCUUGGCGAUUCUCGAAGAUGCGAUUCGAACCUUCAUGAACUUCCUCAAGGCAGACACGGCGAAUCCUUGCCAAAUGCUCAAAGCUUUCUUCAAGACAAAGCCCAGUUCGGUGGAUCCAAAUCUUCUUCGUCUUCUCAAAAGAACUAAUAAGAAAAACAAGACGAGGCUUAAGGAUCUCUCGAAGCGAAGAAGGUGUCUGACGAAGAAGAAGCGAAAAGGAGAAGAGGAUAUGGAGAUAUUGAUGGGUCUAAUAGACAUGAAGAUCGUGUCCAGAGUCCUAAGGAUGCCUGAGAUCAGCCAAGAGCAGCUGCGGUGGUGCGAGGAGAAGAUGAGCAAAGUGAAAGUAUUGGACGGCAAAAUCCAAAGAGAUUCGUCCCCACUUUUCUUCUUCCCUGUUCGCUGACUCCAACGUCGCCAGCGUCGUGUAAUCUGCUUUGCUUUAGGUUGCCUGAUGACUAGAUAAAGCGCCUGGGUAUACAUGAGAACAUGCAUCCCACCCUGCCCUUGUCACUGCAAAGACAGAGACAGGUGCCCACAGUUGGACAUGGGUGCAUGCAUGUUGGUGUGACUUGGAGA